CCUGACCUGGCCAGGGAGUGUGGAAGGGGGUGGGGGUGCUCCAGGCCUGGAGGCCCUGACUCGACCCCCUGUCCCCCGCCCUGCAGAAGCGGAACAGGGCCAUCACGGCCCGCAGGCAGCACCUGAAGAGCGUGAUGCUGCAGAUAGCGGCCACGGAGCUGGAGAAGGAGGAGAGCCGCCGUGAGGCAGAGAAGCAGAACUACCUGGCGGAGCACUGCCCGCCGCUGCAUAUCCCGGGCUCCAUGUCUGAAGUGCAGGAGCUCUGCAAACAGCUGCACGCCAAGAUCGACGCGGCUGAAGAGGAGAAGUACGACAUGGAGGUGAGGGUGCAGAAGACCAGCAAGGAGCUGGAGGACAUGAACCAGAAGCUAUUUGAUCUGCGGGGCAAGUUCAAGCGGCCCCCACUGCGGAGGGUGCGCAUGUCGGCCGACGCCAUGCUCAAGGCCCUGCUGGGCUCGAAGCACAAGGUGUGCAUGGACCUGAGGGCCAACCUGAAGCAGGUCAAGAAGGAGGACACAGAGAAGGAGCGGGACCUGCGAGACGUGGGUGACUGGAGGAAGAACAUCGAGGAGAAGUCUGGCAUGGAGGGCCGGAAGAAGAUGUUUGAGUCCGAGUCCUAGGCCACUCGCUGCCCCUACGCCUGCCCCGGUGCCUGGCUCCCAGCAGAACAUACUAGGGAGAUGCACCCAGAGCCUGCCAGGGAGGGCUGGCCUCACCACCACCGUCAAUAAAGGAUUUGAAUCCCCA